GACACAUCCCACGUGGGCACAGCGCCUGUGGCUGCUGUUUAAUCCACACUUUCUCAGGGAAGGGCACCGCUCCGCCGACCACCUGCUGUCUGCGCAGAAAGCAGCAUCACUGCCACACCCUCCUCGGAGUGCAGCAGCAGCAUCCUCAGCAGCAGCAUGGUGCCAGCCAUCCUGCUCGUUUUGGCUGUCACAGCAGUCUGCAAUGGCAUCCUCCCUGAGAUAGUGGACCCGGGCAUUAGUCACAUCCUGGAGAAUGACUCUGCACAGGGACAAGCGGAGCCGGACAGCGUAUUUGUGGAAGUGGAGCAGCUGCCAGAGGAUCCACAGCAAAAGCCCGAGGACUCGUUUCACCAAAUAAAUGAGGAGAACUCUCAGUCGAGUCUUCACAAUGCAAAUGCUUCUGAUAAAGUGACUGAUAAAGACCAGGAGACAAACAACAUUACCACAGUCGACAGUUCUAACGACCUGGAGAACAGAGUCGAUCACGGAUGCAUCAGUGACGAUGACUGUGGAAAGGGAAGGUACUGCCUUCACGACCCACAUAAUGCCAAGUGUCUGCCAUGUAAAGCGCUCGAUAUGUCCUGCACUAAGGAUGCAGAGUGCUGUGGCGAACAGCUCUGUGUGUGGGGCCAGUGCAGCCAAAAUGCAACCAAGGGAGAGGCCGGAAGCACUUGUCAAUACCAGACUGACUGCAGCCCAGACCUCUGCUGUGCUUUCCAUAACGUCCUCCUCUUCCCCGUCUGUUCGGCCAAGCCUAUUGAACGUGAGCGCUGCUUUGGUGCCUCAAACCACCUGACUGAGUUGUUGUCCUGGGGCCCGCAAGAUGAGGGACCCAGGAAAUAUUGCCCCUGUGCAGGAGAUCUCCACUGUCAAGACCUGGGAAGAGGGUCAAUGUGCCUGAAAGGAGAGGACUCGAGUGAAGAGGACCCGAGUGAAGAGGACCUGACAGACACGCUGUACUCAGAGAUAGACUACAUACUUUAGGCUCGGCUCGAUUUAUUAACAUUGCCUUGUAAAAAGCUAGACAGACUUCUGAGCUUUUUUCUUUUUUCUUUGCAAAGAGCACUUUCUAUUUGCCGGCUUCAGUCAAAGCAGUAAAUAUUUAGGGCAUGGGAAAUGGAUGGCAGUAUAUGUAGACUAAAAUUUUAGAAAUACAGACAGGUGGCACAUGAAAGGAAAAAAACUGGCGGCUUAUCCAAACUUGACUCAGCUGGUAUUUGGAUGACUUGAACCAUUCACCUCCGUAGAAGAAAAACGCCACAGAGAGUGUCCAAAGCAAAAAGCAAGCCACAGCCUGAGGAGCUAGUUGUGUCAUCGGCACGUUGUUUGAUGAUUCUUUAAUCUUUGUAAGGAAUUCUGGGCAAGAGGCACUUGAAGACAGCCACUUUGUAAAACACCUACUUGGCAAGUCCUUUGAUGCAGCUUCAUUUCUUUGUUGUUGCAGUCAUCACAGUGGGGUGAUGAAGUGCCUGCCCCUGUUUUCCUGGCAUGGCUCAUGUCCCCUUGGAUUGUCGGGUUGCUCGAAAUCAAUAUGAAUUUGUUUGUGUAAUCUCCUUUAUCCUAGGAUGAAACAUGUCCACCAUGAUGGGAGUGGUUCUCUUCCAAGAUUACAUAAUUACCCUAAAUCCUAUCACCCGGCAGUGAUAGGAUUUAGGGCAGGACCCCCAAGAGUCUAGACCCUGGUGGUGGCGAAGAUGAAGACGAAGCUUGGUUGGAGCGCUGACUGAGGUGUCUGUAAGGUGGAAAUGGGGGUGGUUGCACAAAUGAGUCUGAAAGGGAGAAUGACAGACAGCACAGUUUUAAACCACGGAAAGUGGAGGUUGAUUGGCUCAAAGAAGGCAGACAAGAAGAUGAUUGGACUAGAGGGAGUGAUGCAGAGAACAAAAAGCAGCCUAACACCCCGGAAAGCAGGUUGAUGAGCAGAUCUUCCUUGUUGAAGUUUCACGUUAGGCUUUCCAUCAUCAUUUAAAUACUAAACGAGGGAAUAACUUUUGGGAAGAUGUUUCAUCCCUGCAGCAGAGCUCCGGAGAUCUCAGGGCACGCUGAGGCUGCUCUGGUUGGUCAUGUGGUCAUCUAAACAGAACGGCCUUAUUUUGGUUUUGCCUUUAAUUUGUCAUUCUUCUGUAUGCAAAUCGUGAUGAAAGAAAAAAACAGGAAGAGUGUGUGUUUGCAACGACAAAGUAAAUUGUCGUUGUCUUGAAACGACAAUUUACUUUCUUACCCUCGACAGCAAGAUAAAAAUAACUCUAGACUUUAUAAGCUGCUCACUUCGCUGACUAUAUAUCUGAUCACAGCAGAUUGGAGUUGCUUCAUGCACUGUAUGAAAAAUAAAACAGUAGGCAUGUAGUUAGAACUGCUCUGUGUAUAAUGCUGGCAUAUUUUCAGUAUGUGGCUUCUUCUUUUCCUGCUAACAUUUCAAUAACUGCUGCCAAUGACUCUUUAAAAUCUAAGAAGCUUGUUUACUUUUCUAACUGUAGCUGCUCGAAACUUGUACUAGUUUCUUAAGUUGAGAAAGUCUUUUUUUCCCCCCCACAGAUGCGUUCUUCUCACAACCUAGCCCUCAACAUUUACAUUGCAGAGACGACAUAGAACAUAACCCAAUGUUUUUGUGAUCUAUAUUAUACAGUUGUUCCUUUCUUUGAUGAAUCCAUGGUGAAAUGUUACCUGUGAGAUGCUAAAUUAAACUGAAGUGAUGCUGUGUGUUCAGGUCAUCUGAGCAGAAUACACAGAAACUAGGAAAACAAAUAAUGUAGUCUCAUGCAGUCAAGUUACCCUGCAAAUCAUUUUGCUGGGAUUGUUAUACAUACUGAAUAUUAAUUACACCAAAAUUGAAGUAAUGUACUGCUUCCUAGUAUGGGAUUCAUAACAAAAUGCCAUGUAAUCAAUAAACUGAUAAACCACUA